AUGUUUACACAACGGUCACCUCUACCCUCGGACAGUGCAAAAAAGGAUACGCCAAAGUUAAAACCAGAAUCUUCCAAAAAUAGCUGUCCUGGAGCUGCUAAUAAGGAAAUACAUAGAUCUUUAUCGGAUCCGGACUUGUCGCCCCUAUCUGUGCGUUCAAAAAAAAGAACAAGAGAUGACUUACUCAGCUCUGACUUAUCUGACUUCAAGGAAGAAAUGAAAUCUAUGAUAACGUCGCUACUUACUGCGCAAGAACGAGAGAUGAAAAAAAUUGGCACUUCGUUAAAAGAAAUACAAAGUACGAAUCAGAGUAUCGAAGCAGCCGUUUCUUUCCUCUCAGCCCAAAAUGAGGAGUACAAAAAAAAGAUUGAGACGUUGGAGAAGAAUGCCAUGGAGGACAAAAAAUAUAUCACAGUUUUAGAGGAUAAAAUUGAAGAUUUGCAAAUUACAAGCCGAAAAUCCAACUUUGAACUAAAAAAUGUGCCUAAGGAAAAUAGCGAGUCCAAAGAAAACCUCGUCUCGAUGGUGUUAAAGUUAUCUGAAACUAUAGGAUGUCAAGUAAACAAAGAGGAAAUAAAGGACAUCUACCGAGUGCGCAGUAAGAAAGAAGGAACACGUAGCAUGCCAAUUGUAGUAGAAACCUCCUCGACUAUCCUCAAGACCGAGUUUCUCAAAUGCUGUAAGACCUACAAUAUGAACCAUAAAAAUAAAUUAACAGCUAAACACCUUGGAUUUCGAACGAACGUUGACACACCGAUAUACGUAUCUGAGCAGUUAACAGCAAAAGGAUCACGACUACACUUCCUAGCCCGUGACCUGCAGAAGACCAAAAGGUACAAAUACUGCUGGACCGCAUACGGUAAAGUCUACCUGAAGAAACAUGACCACUCGCCUGUCAUCACGGUUAGAAGCGAAUCGCAGGUACAGCAACUUAUUAAUGAAGACUGA